GGAGUUGCCAUGGUGCCGGCAAUUACCAGCAAUUAUUAUAUACACAUUUUAUUGACUGAAAAACACCAAAACUCAAAGAAACAAUAUAAACCGAAAUAUGGAAAUAUAUGCAAUUAUUUUUGAGUCGUUAUAGGGGUGAGAAUCAUUGACUCCAGUACAGCGGCGUCGGCACAUCAAAACCCUCGACAUCCCUAGCCACGACUCGAAAAAUUUAUGCGCAAAAAAAGUGAAAAAGCGGAAAAGAAACGAAAGAAUUUAUGCACACUUGUACGUGAAUCUCAUUUAACAAUAGUUAUAACAAAGAGCAUUCGAGUGUAAACGGCAAAUUACGAUUCCACAAAAUAUGUAGACAUCAAAGAGCAUAAAGUGGCAGUGUUUUAACUAUGAAAAACUACAAAAAUAAAAAGAAACUUCCGCAGACGUCAGCAGAGGCGCAGCAGAAGAGAUAGACAGCGACAAAGCGGCUGGGCAUAGAGGAGCCAACGAGUACCGUUGUCGCUGGACGACGACUCACGCAAAUUGGCCUUUAAAUAUAAUAAUAACUAAAUAAAUCUCAGACAAACGAGACUGUAAUUGUGGGGCGGCAACGUGUGCCGUUGUCAUGCAUUUUGUCACACAGCAGCGCCAACAGCAGCAGCAGCACCACCAACAACAACAACAGCAGCAGAGAUCAACCUCAUCCUCGAAUUCCUCGAUAGCAUCCACCUCAUCGGCACCAUCGGUCAGCGCCAGCACCCGCUUUGUGGCCCUGUGCAAAUCUUCCAGUCAAGGUGCCCUGCCCAAAACCUUGGCCACCGCUCAAAGCCUCUUUCGCCAGUCGUCACAUCACCACAACAACAACAACCACCACCACCACCACCACCACCAACACCACAGUAGCUAUCAUAGCCAGCAGCACCAACAACAACACAACCAACAGAGGCACAAACGCACUGUCAGCCUGAACUCGACGCCCAUGAUUAAAGAUAUUGAUACUAUAACCAACCCAACAACAACAAAUGCCCGAACUGCCGAUAGUCCGUGCAGUAGUAAGCCCCCAGCCAAUGCCAAUGCCAAUGCCAACAUGUUAGCUGAGACACAGCACGAGUCACAGCCAGAGUCACAGUCACAGUCACAGUCACAGAUACAGACACCGCCACUGGCCGAACAAACGCCAGAGAGGUGCCAGGAGGAGCCGACUCCUCAGCAGCAGGAACAGCCGCAGGAGGAGGAGUAUCCGGAUCCGGAUCAGAGGAUCGGAGAAGACAGGCCUGAGGAGAGGGCGGCCGCGGCUUCUUGUAGCAACGGUGGCGACAGGCGCGAUUCCAUCACCGAGGAGAUCGUAAUUACAACAACUACAACAAACAGCAAACUUCUGACCAUCCAGGAGGCUGCCGGCAUCCUCGAGCACAGCAGCAUCUCCAUUUCGGCGUCUUCGAAACAGAACUCUUCCACAACAACAACCUCAACAGCAGCGGCGGUAUCCACAGCAGGCACUGUAGCAGCGGCCACUGUCGCCACAGCAGUCGCAGCGGCGGCAGCAGCCUCAGGAUCUCAGCAACGCAAUGAGCCGUCGGUUGCCUCCUCCUCAUCCAAUGGCAUCAACAGCGGCAGCAAUCCAAGCCUAGCCCAAGCCACUUCCAGCUCUAAUACGAAUUUGGCCCACAGCAGCAGCGGCAGCAACGUCCCUCAGCCCUCAACGCCUACCAUCAAUAUUGUAGGAAGCGAUCAGGCCAGGGAUCAGCCACUGCAGUCACAGAGCGUCGACUCGAACGGACUCGCCCAGGCAGGCGGCUCCUGCGGGGACAGUCCCAGCAGCCGCAAGAGCUCGACCAGCUCCAAGGGACGAGCCAGUCAACCCAAACUCUCCACAUCGAGCAGUGGACGAGAUGAGGACACCGCACAGAACAAGCUAAGCAACGAGCUGACGCCGCAUGAGUUGAGCAUUUUGCGCGUUGACCGAGGCACCGCCGAUCCACAGGUGAGCAGCAGCUCCAACUCCAACGAGAAGUCAGCCAAGCCCUCGAGGCUGUCGGAGCGGGCCAAAAAAAAGUCCUGGUACAACGUCAUUUAUCCCAACUACAAGUCCCGAGCCGAGGACUUUAAGAAGCUCUUCAAGGACGUGCCAAACGAUGAGCGACUGAUUGUGGAUUACUCGUGCGCCCUGCAACGGGAUAUAUUGGUCCAGGGCCGUCUGUAUGUCUCACAGAACUACGUUUGCUUCCAUGCCAACAUCUUCAGCUGGGAGACCUAUGUGAGCAUCAAGUGGAAGGAUGUGACGGCCAUAACCAAAGAGAAGACCGCCUUGGUGAUACCCAAUGCGAUAUCGAUAGCCAGUGGCAAGGACAAGUACUUCUUUGCCACAUUCACAUCGCGCGACAAGUCCUUCUUGAUGCUCUUCCGUGUCUGGCAGAACACGUUGAUGAACAAGCAAUUCUCGCCGCAAGAGAUUUGGAAAUACGUCCACAACUGCUAUGGCGAAGAGCUUGGCCUGACCACCGACGACGAGGACUAUAUUGAUCCCACACUGCAUAAGGAUACGGAGACCGAUGUGGAGUUUCAAACCGCCAUUGAUGACGACCAAUCGAAUCAGUCGCAGCAACAACUACAGCAGCCCCAGCAGCGCCUAAGCGGCAACAGCAGUGCCAGCAGCGGCGGCAGCGGCCGGGCAGCAGCACCACGCAAAUCAAAAACGAAAUAUUUUUUCAACUCUUCAAAAUCUUCGAAUUCGGCCAACGCCUCGGCCAGUGGCUCGGACAACAACAAAGACAGUAACCGAAAGCUGAGCAAGAAGAUGAAACAGAAUGCCAAAGAGCUCACGCUGAGCUCCGUGAAGCCAGCGGAGCAGUCGGUGGGCGUCACCAUGAUGAAUGUACCCGGCAGCGCCGGCAGCAGCAACAGGAACAGCACAGAAAGUUCAGCAGCCACAGCAGCAGCAGCUUCCACUAACAAUACAAACAACAGCAGCCUCAGCCUGACGACCACGGCGAGUGGCAGUGAUAAGAAGAGCGCGGAAAAGAAGAUCAGUACGAGUUCCAACUCGGGCGCAGCAGCAGCAGCGGCGGCAGCAGCAGCAACAGCAGCCGCAGCCUCCCUAUCGGCCGCGGCAGAGGCUAAGCAAGUGGCAACGUUGGAAAGCAAGCGAAAGAUGAGCAAAAAUCAUCGGCAACGCGAAGCAGAAUUCGUCGGCAAGAAUGCCGAAGAGCAGGCACCCACAGAUGUCUCGGAUUCGUCCGAUUCCGAGGAGAAUAAUGUGCCAUUCGUGGCCACCACCGAGUGCACAUCGACGCACGAGGGCCGACAAAUUGUCCACACCAUUCUGCCCAUCAGCGUGGACACGCUAUUCAAUUUGCUGUUCACAAAAUCAAAAUUCGUAACGGACUUCCAUGCCAUGCGCAAAUCAACGGACUUGAUCAUGGGCGAAUGGACCAAGAACGAGGAGGGUCUCAGUGUGCGCGUUGUCAAUGUCACCGUACAAUUGGCCGCCUCUGUGGGACCCAAGACCUCAAAGGUAACCGAAUACCAGACGAUGAGGCCAUGCAGCAAGCCUGGGGAACUGUAUUCCAUAGACAUAAAUAGUGUUAAUGCAGGCAUUCCAUAUGCGGAUAGCUUCAGUGUGCUCAUACAUUUUUGUUUGGCCAGAACGGUCGAUGAUCACACCAUGCUGUCGAUUCAUACCCAAAUCAAGUAUAAGAAAUCGAUUUGGGGCGUUGUCAAGGGAUUCAUCGAGAAGAAUACGUGGGCGGGUGUUGAGGAUUUCUUUGGCGCUCAGUUGCAUGCCCUCCAGAGUGAGACGUGUAUACCGCCUGCCAAGGGCAAGGGACGGAGGCCGAGGCGUGGCAUAAAUCAACAAUCAACAACAACGAAAACAGCAACAGCAGGGAAGACAGCUGUAGCAACAGACUCGACAGCUGUAACCGAAACAGGAACAGGAACAGCCACCAGCACGGACAAUGACAGCAUACUAGAGCCAUCACGACAUCAUUACCAUCAUCAUCAUCAGUCGGAACAACAUGAGCAUCAUCAGCACCAGCACCUGCACAUGCACCACCAUCACCAUCAUCAUCACAGUACCUCCAGUAGCCAACAGCCACAGCAUCAGCAUCCGCACAACCAUCAUCGUAAGGCCAUAUUUCAGUCGAGUAAAGGUACCGCCACACAAAUACGCACCUUGGAGGAAGCAGCUGGCGGCGGCAGCGGCACGGCACAAACUGGUAUUAGCGAUACACUGCUGGAGUCACAUUUACUGUCUGGUGGCGGCGUCGCCGGGUCGGGGUCCGUUGGGGCCGCCUCGGGACAUGCUCUGCUGCACGAGCACGGCAAGUUGCAACAGUUGUCGGGCCUGCAGCAGCAGCAUCACCACCAGCAACAGCAUUUGCAGAAGCACCUUGGCGGCGUCGAUCUCGGCGGCGUUGGCAGCCUGCCACUGGCCCUGGGCCAGGGACAGGGACACAGAUUCCUCAAACACAAGGGCUUGUCAUUGUUUGUUAUACUGUUGCUGUGCUUGAUGCUGGCAUUAAAUGUGAUAUUAUUACUUAAGCUCUGGAAGCUGGAGGAACGGAUUGACGUGGAUCUCAGUCGACGGGCGCGCUUCCCCAGUUUGGCGGCCUUAAAGGAACUUCCCAACACAAAUGAGGAAUGGCUGGAGCUGUUGCGUCAGCAGGAGCAAUCGCAUGAGGGCGAGCUGCGCAAAUGGCAGCAAGUGCUGCAAACUGCCAUCGAGUUGCUGAAAAAGGUGAGCAUUGUCUGCGAAAAGAUCUACAAAGAUGACCAGCUGCGUCAGAGCAUUGAGUCGAUGUCAAUGCACACUGAAUUUUAAGCAUCUCAUUAAAAUGUGAAAACAACUACAACAGCAACCACGACCACAGCAGCACACCAACAGCAGCAAACAGCAAGCGACAACUAAUUGUAACUGAAAACACUCAAACACUCACACACGAAACACACACACAAACACCAAUACAUGUAUACAUGCAGUGCGUUUCAAAGCGAUAAGGCAGUUUUGGGAGUAGAUAAACCCAGAAAACAGUGUUUGCUCAGAGUUCUUCUAGGAAUUUUUGUUAUAUUUAUUGGCUCCAGCUAUCGUUCCUUAUAGUUUCCUUAUCACAUAAAUGUUCUCCUAAAACGAAUAGCAGUACCAUACCCCUAAAAGACGGAUGAGCUAGGGACUACAAAUGUGGGCUAUAAUUCCGUGCUUCAGUGGUCAAGCUUUCGGGAAAGAUUUUGUUGCCGAAUGCUGCAGACACGAACUUGAAACGGAAACCUGGCGAACCGCCGAAAGCUUUUGCACCGAGUAGGUGAUGCCGAAAACUGUCGCAACGAGUAGGGCACGCCGAAGUUUGAUGGCGAGUAGAGGCAGCAGAAGAACAGCUGGAAACAGUAUCAUUUUCUUUAGCUAGCCUUAUUCAAUUCAAUAAUAUCCUCAUAGCUUCCAUUCUGAUCAGAAAUUGACACAGUUCGAAGACAGAUUCCCAUGAUGUAUUCGAAAACAGUCACUUUGGCUUAGAGAUCCAUAUUUAAAUAGAUUUUAUCAUCCUUUACUACUAUAUUAGUCGUAUAUAUAAAACAGACAACUUUUUUGCGUACGAAAUCUCCACCUGCUCGAAAAUUCCGAGUGAAAUCUAAUUGAAAAUUGUUUGCCUUAACGUAGUGAAACGCACUGUACUAGCGGGCAUUUGUAACUGAUCUCUUAGUUAGAAAGACGUAAAAACUUAAACAAUAUUGUUGCAUGUUCUCCUUGUCUCUGUUCAAGAAGCGUUUACUCUGGUGCAGACUGAUGUGGAAACAUCGGCAACAUAAACCCAAUGAAUCUUCCACCUAAAUUGCAACCAGAGUAGACGACUCUUUAGCUCUAGGUUUUUGUAUUCCAUAGACCCAAAAAGAAACCCAAGCCGAACACAAUAUGUUAAAUGUUCGACUGAGACGCGAAUGAAAUGUAAUGCAUAAUCAAACCCCCAUUUUGUGCUGUCCAAAUCAAAUCAAACAAAAUUCACUAAAUUCAGAAAUUCAGAAGUUCAGAAAGAUGAAAAAUGUACUCAAAUACUGAGACAAACUCACACUCAAAAUUCGUUAAUUUUUGUAAGUAAAUUUUGGUUUAUUUCUUAAAUGUUCUCCUCUGUUAAACCCUCUGGGAAUUCACUCUUUUUACUAACCACGACUAACCCCUUUGUGUUCACUAAUCCUGUAAUUUGAUUAUUUCCGCAUGGAAUGAGAUUUUGGUUCUCCAUGCAUUUUUCUUCUAUUCUUUUAACCUGCUCACCCAAACGUUUUUGUUUUUCAGACUGAAAAAACUUUGGCUGAGGUCAUUGUACGCUAGCUGCAAAAAAAAAUAUCAAAGCAAAGCUAUGCUAAAUUUGUGGUGCAUCUAAAAUUAAUCCAAUCCAAUUGUCUUCGACACAAGCAAGCAAAAGACCCACAGCACAGUCUUGGGCCCAAAGCAAAGCCACCAAAAAAAAAAACAAAAAUCUGAAAUUGAAUUUAAAAUUCAACUAAAAUUUAGUCACAAAUCCCCCCACACAUUCACCCACGAAACCCAUACCCAUACCCAUACACAUGAAACACAUAUGAAAAUCCUCCCCGCGAAAUUCGGCAUUUCUACAUAUUUAUGUCCUAGUCUCUAAGUGAAGAAGAAAAUGUGUAAUUUAAGGUAUAAGUAGCUGCAUUUUAGUUAGGAUUAGAGCAAUUGUUUAUCGUUUUUUAUUAACUGCAUUUACGUUUGGCACCUGUUCGUUUGGCUUUGCUUUAGACAAAUGUAUCUACAAAUUCCUCAAGUAUUUCAUAUCUCAGAACAUACCAAAAAAAAAAAAAAAAAAAAAAAAACAAUAAAAGCAAGAGGGCGUGCCCUGAAUUUUUGUUUUAGAAAAUUCAUUAAGAUGUCGAGCAAGCGCAAAACAGUAACAAAAAUAAUAAUAUAUAUAACGAUUGCCAGGUCUUUGGCUAGGGGGAAAUUUGAUAAAAACGAUUAUACAAAAUAUUUACUGUGUACAAUAUUUUUGUAACAACCAAUCGAAACAAUUGUGAGCAAUUCUUUCGUUCUUUUUGUAUAACUCCUCUUUGAUCUAACUCCCCAAACACCCCCCCCCCCCCCCCCACCCUUUUUGGCGCCCGUUUACAGUCGAACCCGAUACAGAACCGACACUUCAAACAAACUCAAUCUACAAUGCUAAGCGCGAUGAGACCCCGAGAUAAUGGCAUGCUCUAUAUACACACUAUAUAUAUGUAUAAAUAUAUAUAUAUUUCGAUAUAUAUAUAUAUAUAGCCAAGUAUUGUUAGUUUGUAGUGGUUGCAUUUUAACAGAACAAA